CAGGGAGGGGGAGCCUCGCCUGGAUGCUGACUCCAGCUCGGGGGCUGCUCAUUUCCCCGAUGAGCGAGGGCAUUGGCACAGGGAGAGCCCCCUCACCGUGCUCCGCCGCUCCGAGCUCGGACUGAAGUUUUGCACGAGGAUCUGCCCCGCUUUUGCAAGGAUUGUACCGCUGCCGCUCGAAUUUGCGCCUCCAGACGUGCCUUCCCCGACCCCUAAAAUGAAGAGGGCGAUAGCUGAAGGAAGCAAACUGCUGAUUUUGGUACUUUGCUUGAACAUCCAGUCAGAAGUCCAGUCUUGCCCUGGGGCGUGUGUAUGCUACAGUGAACCGAAGAUUACAAUAAGCUGUCAGCAGCAAGGACUGAUAGCAAUCCCCACUGAGAUACCCAUCCAGAGCCAGCGCAUCUUCUUGCACAACAACAGGAUAACCCUUGUGAGAUCCACCAGUUUCACCUCCUGUCGCAACAUGACAAUCCUUUGGAUCCACUCCAACAACAUAAGCCUCAUUGAGCCUGGGGCCUUUUAUGGGCUGAACAAACUGGAGGAGUUAGAUCUCAGUGACAACACGAACCUGAAAUCUAUCAACCCAAUCACUUUCCGAGGUCUUAUUCACCUCCACACCUUACAUCUGGAUCGCUGUGGGCUCCUGGAGCUCUCUACAGGGCUUUUUCGAGGGUUAUUCUCCUUGCAAUAUCUCUACCUUCAGGAUAAUAAUAUACAAAAUCUUCUGGAUGACACUUUCGUGGAUCUCGCAAACCUAACCUACCUAUUUUUGCAUGGUAACAAAAUUAAGAGCUUGUCAGAGAAUGUCUUUCGUGGGCUAAUCAACCUAGACCGACUGCUUCUGCACCAGAACAGAGUCAGCCUGGUUCACCACCGGUCUUUCCAUGACCUCGGGAAAGUAAUGACCUUGUAUCUGUUUAACAACAACCUGACCAUACUCACUGGUGAAACCAUGGCUCCCCUUGUGUCCCUCCAGUAUCUACGUUUAAAUGGCAACCAGUGGAUCUGUGACUGCCAGGCUAGGUCUCUGUGGAAUUGGUUUAAACAGUUUAAAGGAUCUUCUUCGGAGCUAGAGUGCCACCUUCCCCCCCACUUGGCAGGGAGAGACCUCAAAAGGCUGCAGAGCACUGACCUGGAAGGAUGCAUCGACUCCUUCAACCAGAUACGAACAAGUGUUUUUAGCACUAAGACCAGAUCUGGCAAACUGCCAACCGGGAACCCCCCUCUCAGUUCCCAUGACAUCUCCCCGAAGUGCUGCCAGCCAGAAAUAGAUAAAUCUUUUAUUUACGAAGCUAAAGGCAAAGCAGGUCCUUCUUCCCAUAGCAGCCGGCCAUCCUCCAACAACCCUCUGAAGGAUAAGGAGAACAUGUCCAAAACCAAAUACAUUGAGAUGAACCCGUCUAAAAAUGGCAGCAACAAGCAGAUAAAUGAUUCCCCUUUUGGGACCUUCCCCAGCAUUGUAGACCCUCCAUUGACCAAAUUGAAACCAGAAUUUCUAGAGCCUAUUGAACCUUCCACAGUCCCAACCAAAAAGAGGCAGGGCUGCUCUAAAAAGAACAAAUCAAAGGCCCAGUGCCGCCUCACCCAGCAAGGAAACAGCUCCACAUUACAGCUCAGCCUAAGCCUUUUGAUCCCCUCUUUGGUGUGGAGCUUACUGUUAUUCUGCUAAAACGAACUCUUUUCCUGGGUUGAUGACACUUUAAUACUAGACUUUUGCUGACCUCCAUAAAUGUUGCAAAUGAAAGCAAACUACCAUCCACCCUGAGAAAGCUUUGUUACACAAAAGU